AUGUUACCGUUGAUUGGCCCACUAUAUAUUACACAAUUUCAUCUUUUCAAACUCUUCGAUCAGUUUCCUUCACUUUCUCUCUCUUUGUUCUUGUUUUUCCAGGAGACCAGAGGGAAAUCCAUUAGACCCGAAGAUUACACUAAAGAUGGUAUACAGGCCUCAGAGGACAGCUCCUCGUCUGCUGGAGGCUACAGGAAAAAGAAAAGCGGCGCUAAGGAGGGAAAAGAUGAGGCCGGGAAGGUCUACGAGUGCAGGUUUUGUUCCCUCAAGUUCUGCAAGUCUCAAGCCCUUGGGGGACACAUGAACCGCCACCGUCAAGAUAGGGAGACAGAAACCUUGAACAAGGCUCGUCAACUGGUCUUCACUAACGAUUUGGCUCCUGCUCACCUAGGUUAUGUUUCAAGGAUUCCCAUUUGGUGGUUGAUAGUGGAAACCAAACUUGAGACUGCAAGCCAUCAGAAUUGGGUAAUGCUAGUGAAGAUGAUCCGACAAGUGUUAGCCAAAUGAUACAGUCGUCAACUUGCUUCACUAACACACUAGCUUUCAUGACACACACAAGAGCCUUGCGGUUCCUUUUUUAGGACAUCGAUAUCUAUUAUCUUUAGAACAAAUUUGACCUAUUGUAAAUAAAGAAUACUUUGUUUGUAGUACUUUUGGUCUUCAGUGGAAAAAGCCUUUGUGAU